AAUCACACGUUUAAGACUGUAAACGUCACAGCCCCUCCUUGUGCAGGACUGGACGGAGGGGAAGAGGAGAAUCUUGCAUCAGGACUAUUAUAAAAAUCUGUGAUUGUACCUAGAAGAAGAGAGGACACUUUUGCCCCAGAAACCAGAUGCAACUGUUGGCCCGAGCCUGUGAAAAUGAAGUGCCACGUCUUCUGUGAGACCCGCCAGUGCUCUGCUGACAGCAGAUCACUAAAGGUCGUGGCUUUCUCCCAGUGACGCACCUUCCUGCGUGGCAUCUGUGCUUCAGAGCAUCCGGAGGACUCCACUAUUCGCAGACACUCCCUGCAGGACCCUCAGUCUUCACUGGCUCUCCUCCGGCUCCGACACAGACACUUUUGUUUUCAUCAAAUUUUGAAUGAUUUUGACAUAAUGACAGCAGAUUCCGCUACAAAGAUGAGCAAUGAUUCCACCAACGCGGCGGCAGCCAAAGCUCCUGAAGGUGUAGCCGGGGCACCUAAUGAGGCUGCCCUGUUGGCUCUCAUGGAGCGCACGGGCUACAGUAUGACACAGGAAAACGGUCAGCGCAAGUAUGGUGGUCCUCCCCCUGGAUGGGAAGGGCUGCACCCCCCGCGUGGCUGUGAGGUCUUCGUGGGUAAAAUUCCCCGAGACGUGUAUGAAGACGAGCUGGUUCCAGUGUUUGAGUCCGUGGGGCGUAUCUACCAGAUGCGACUGAUGAUGGACUUUGAUGGGAAGAACCGCGGCUACGCUUUUGUCAUGUAUACUCACAAGCGCGAAGCCAAGCGGGCCGUGAGGGAACUGGACAAUCAUGAAAUCAGACCGGGUCGACCUCUGGGAGUCUGUUGCAGUGUGGAUAACUGCCGACUCUUCAUCGGUGGCAUCCCUAAGAUGAAAAAGAGAGACGAGAUCCUGGAAGAGAUCUCUAAGGUGACCGAAGGGGUUCUAGACGUUAUCGUGUACGCAAGUGCCACGGAUAAGACGAAGAACAGAGGGUUUGCCUUCAUAGAGUACGAGAGCCACCGGGCAGCGGCCAUGGCCAGGAGAAAGCUCAUGCCUGGAAGGAUCCAGCUGUGGGGACAGCAGAUCGCGGUGGACUGGGCAGAGCCAGAGAUGGAUGUCGACGAAGAUGUCAUGGAAACCGUUAAGAUCCUGUACGUGAGAAAUCUGAUGAUCAAAACCAGCGAGGAGACGAUCAGAAAGACCUUCAGCCAGUUUGGCUGUGUGGAACGAGUCAAAAAGAUCCGCGAUUACGCAUUUGUUCACUUCACCAGCCGGGAAGAUGCCAUCCGUGCUAUGAACAGCCUCAAUGGCACCGAGCUCGAAGGCUCGUGUCUUGGAGUUACUUUGGCCAAACCAGUAGACAAAGAGCAAUACGCACGCUAUCGGAAGGCAGUCAAAGGAAGUGUGACAGCAGAAGUCCAGCAGCUCAACUAUGUUUACUCGUGCGAUCCCUAUACUUUGGCCUACUACAGCUAUCCCUACAGUGCUCUCUUUGGGCCCAACAGAGAUUAUUUUGUGAAGGCAGAGAGCGUGAGAGGCCGAGGGCAAGACACAGCUGGCAGCAGAGCCCCGGGCCCCAGGGGAUCCUACUUCGGGGGGUACUCUGCAGGCCGUGGCAUCUAUAGCCGAUAUCAUGAGGGGAAAGGAAAGUGGCGAGAAAGAGGAUAUGAGUUUGUACCGAACUUGGAAUUAUCUGCCGCCAAUCCAGUUCCUAUUAAACCCGGUACAGUGGCAAUCCCUGCUCUUGGCGCCCAGUAUUCCAUGUUUCAGGCUGGCCCUGCUCCCAAGUUGCUGGAAGAUGGCAAAAUGCAUGCAAUGGAACACAUGAUCAACCCCAUAGCAGUACAAGCAGACCCAGCCGGUGCCUCUGCUGCCGCCGCCGCUGCCACCAUACCUGCUGGUUCCACCCCUCCACCUUUCCAGGCACGCCCGAUAACUCCAGUAUUCACAGGGGCUCCAAACGUCCAGAGAAUUCCCGCGGCUGGGCUCUACGGUGCCGGUUACAUCCCCUUUGCUGCUCCUGCCUCAGCCACAUCAGCCACAGUACAGAAGAGCGCCGCAGCCACAGCUCCCGUUUAUGGAGGUUAUGGUGGCUAUAUUCCUCAGCCAUUCCCUUCGGCUACCAUUCAGCCUCCCAUACACGAAGACUACCAGACAUACUGAGACUGGUAGGGGUGGGGGUGGGGGGGGUCAUGGAAACAAACCGAAAACCACUGAAGGAACACUGUACCAUUCAUGAAGAAGAACCUACCGCAGAAGAGCAGGCUUGAACUUCUGGUAAUUAUAGAUGUGUAAAACCCUACAAGUGAAGACUCUGACCAAAUAUUCAUGUUGAAACAUUUUACACUCAUGAAGUCACUCAUUUUUGUGACUUUGAGGGUGAAUGCACCUGCUUGCCACACUUCUCAGAGGGUUCCACUUGCUGUGCCUUAAUACCAUCCAUCGCUUAUGCGUAUACAAGAGUAUGUUUAUAAAGGGUUUUUGAGCAAUCAUAUUGUUGGUAAUGACGGGUGUUUUCUUCACGUCUGCCCUCCAGAGAUGUUUAUUUCGCGGUGCCUUUAGUAAGUAUAUAUUGGCUAUAUGUUCAGAACAUCCAUGCAGCUAGGUCAUAUUUUGAAUAUAUAUAUAUUAGCUAUUUGAAGAUACAAAAAGGUAGUGCUAUUGAAAACAAAGCCAAUCCUGAGCACCUUCUUUCAAAAUAAUCCUGGAAAGUACAAUUUUAAGACGAGUGAAACCACUGCGUUUCUGGCGGCCAAUGGAUGAUGGAGGCAUCUAGGAUACAUUCUCUUUCUGACAAGAAGCGCAACAUUCAGACUCUCCUUCAUGGAGGAAGAAGUGGUCUGACAUUUCCCGAGAGCUCUCUUAGAUUUCUGCCUCUCCCACUUACUGUUGCUCUUCCUCGUGUUCCAUUAACCUGCAUCCUCCAAAUGGGACAAUAUGGAUGUUUGGUGACGGAGUCGUUAGAGACAAAGAAGAAAUCGCUUACUAGUCCACUCGGCUCCUUUUGUGAUGGUGUCUUUUUGGCUGUGCUUUGGUGCUCGCCUUCAAAGCUUGUGCUAAAUGAAGCAGGACUUGGACAGCCUGCAAGAGAAGGCUUCCACCCAGGUUGUUCAUCAUCCAGGCCAACACUGAAAUUGGUUUUAACCCAUCCUUUUGUCUUAGUAACAAGACUGAAGGACAAGGAUUAGGCAAUGGGGGUUAAGUGAUUUGCUUGGAGUCACACAGCUAGGAAGUAUGUGCAGCCAGAUUUGAACCCAGGUCCCUCCUGACUCUAGGCCUGGUGCUCUAUCCACUGUGCCACCUGGCUGCCCCUUGACUUUCCUUUUCAGUUCUCUUGAAUUGUAAUUGUUUUUGAAGAGUAACUUGUAGUGACAGAGAAUGUGCAUCUCAAUUGUAGACUAGACGGGGUCCAAAAGAGUUCUUGUCAGCAGGAAGUUCUCCUUUAUCUACUUGUGGUCUUAUGACUAUGUUUCAUUGUAAAAUUUCUGCUAUAGGUGGAAAUGUUAGAAACACUAUGCUUGUAAAAUGGGGCUUUUGGCUAUUCGCUGUACACAAGUAACUUAGGUGAAUUUCAUUUGGGAGAGCCCAUCCAAGAAGAGGAGAAACAGGUAGGAGUUUUAAAGCAGGUUAAUACCUUCUACUCUACAUUUGUAAAGUUGUUUUAUGUUGCGAGAGUACAUGGUGUGGGUUUUGCCACAAAAUGGAACCAUUUCAUUUCAGCAUUAUUAAUAGGGUUGAUCGUUUUUGUUGCUGCCGUUUUUGUUGCUUUUAGGAAGGAACUAUAUUAUUGCAGUCUUUUGUGGCCUCUUUAAAGGCUUUUAUUUAGCAGACUGAAUGUAAAAUACAGUAAAUACUGAUUCUCACCCACUUUAUGACUGCAUCAGCUAUGAUUAGGAAUUUGAAGAAAGUGAGGUGCACAACAGGUAAAGAUUAUGCAGUUCUGUUUUUAUGGCAUGUUGUGGAUCCUUCAUAUCUUUUCCCCCAUGGAAUUUCUUCUCAUGGCAAUGUUAAAUUUCUGUGUGUGCACAGAAAGCAGGACCAUUCCUUUAGUAAAUAGUUUAGAUUUUGUUUAAAACUAUCACUUAAGAGAUACCCAAUUGCCUAUUUUCUCAUCUUCUCAUGAGAAGGGUUUUUUAUAUAUAAAUGAUCUUUAUUUAACUAUUCUAUAAAAUUAUUGAGUGCCAGUUGUGGCCUUUAUACAUUCUUACCAUUCUUUUCCAUGAUUUUAAAACAGCACUGAGACAAUAGAGCAAUUGUGCAAUGUUUUAAGAAACCUGCAUCCAAACUCUAGCCUAUGAGGAUAAAUAAUGUAGUGAGUUUUUAUUUGGGCCAGGUCUUCAUCCUGUGAAACAGAAAGAAAUAUUCUUUUUCAUUGCCAAUGGCAGACAAUUACUUUGGAGCUAUUGUUUUUUUGAUAGGAUGAGAUGCUGCCACCUUGUUCUUACUCUAUUUUACAUGUGCCUGUAAAUUAAGUGCAAGAAAAAAAGAAGAAAAGAUAUUUUAUCGUGGCAAAUAGCAAACUGAUGUUUGUCACAUAGCCAGAAAAAUAUCAAUGAGCCUCUUAUCUCCUCUGGUCUAUCUGUACCUGUUGUUUCAAAACCAUUUCAUGUACACUACUGAGAUAAGUCUAUAACUUGAAAUGUGAAGUCUUGGGGUUUCUUUUUUGUUUUUGUUUUGUUUUUAGGUUACGAACAAACUAGAACAAAAAGGUUGUCCUGACCUAUUUUUGAAUGUGGCAUUAGUUUAGUUAUUAUCUUUACUCUUUGUAUUUUGGAAAGCUUUUAUGUUUAUUUAGUUCUUGCUCCUUUUAUCAAACAUUCUUAGGAUGUAGUUAAUAAAGCAUUCUUUAAAGAAAAAAAUGUAACAUCGGGUAAUCCUCAGCAUCUCUGUGACACCAAGAGAAUCCUUUCUGACUAAGAUUAAAAUAUCGCUGCAAAGCAAAUAUAAAAGUGAAAGAAUCAACAAGGAGACAGAAUGAAACAACUUUCAAAAAAAGAAAAACCCCAAAGGUGGGCAAUGAACAUCUGGGGCACUGGGGUGAGAGGAGAGCAGAGCCAGCGAGAAGCUGUAGCAAGGAGGGAAAAGCAAGCCAAGAGCAAGCCACAUGCAGCACCCCACAUUAGCUAUCCAAGAUUUGGGAUCCUAUGCCUGAGCCAACAUCCAGAUUCUGAGACCCUGCCUGAGCAAACAGAGGUACAAGCCAACUCAUAGACCUUGAAAUUUCAAGCCUGUGGAGAAGUCUGGAGGCCCAGCCCAGGGAAUUCUAGUCUGGGCUUGGGACAAGGACUUAAUUCACAUUUUAGGGUGGCUGAUAGUACUAAUUACUGAUCUUUUUGCCUAAAGCUCAAGGUGGAGUUCCAAGACAGGACAAUCAAGGGUGUGCCUGAUUGGAUCGAGUACACAGUGAAAUCAAAAACUUGAGCAGAAGGCUGAGGCUUUUUUUGAUCAGCCCCUGACCUGAGCAAUAUCAGAGUGAGAUCAAAAGCUUACCCCUAAGCAUGAGGCAAGUCUUUAAGCUAUCAGAGAGAAGCUUUCCAAGCAUUCCUGAGCAAUAAGCCAGACCUAAUCAAAAAAUUUUGAAGUCAAAACAUGAGACACAAGAGAAGCACAAAAAGGUAAAUAAGAAAGAGAAAAUUUAAGGGACUCAUUAAGGUUGAAAAGGUUUCUACAUGGAAACAGGAUUUCUGUAAUUCUCAAAAAUUACUCUUAGUAAUAGAGAAGAUAGAAGGAAUUUACUCAGAAAGAGGGUGUAGAGUCAGCUGAUUAUGAUAUGAUGAAUAUGUAAAUAUGAUCCUAUGGAAUGAUAUGUGUGAUGUGAUAUGUAUACAUAUGAACGAGAUGUAAAAGAAACCAAUUAAGGGCUGAGAGAAUUGCACUGAGAGAAAAGGGAAAGGAGAGAUAGAAUGUGGUAAAUUAUAUAACAUGAAGAGGUAUGAAAAAUCAUUAUAGAGAGAGGAGGACAAAGGUGGUGACAGGCAAUGCUUCAAAUUUACUCUCACCUUAAAGGGCUCAGAGAGGGUAAAACAAGUAUACUCAGUGGGGUAUAGAAUUCAAUCUUAUCCUACUUAGUGGGGUAUGGAAUUCUGUCCCCCUAUAGAGAAGGAAAGGGGGAAAAGACAAGGGAAGGGGAAGGUAACUGAAGAGAGGGGGAAGUCAGGGGUGACAAAAAGAAAAAUGCUUAUGACGAGGAACAAAGUGAAAGGGAAUAGAGCAGGAUUUAAAGGGGAUAAUAUGAUGCAGGGAAAUACAUGGUCAUCAUAACACUGAAUGAAAGUGGAUAGCAGAAGGGAUUAAGAACCAGAACCCUGCUAUAUGUUGUUUAUAAGAAAUAGAUUUAAGGCAGGGUAACACACACAGAUUCAAAGUAAAAGGCCACAGCAUUAUUUAUUAUGCAUCAUCUAAAGUAAAAAAAAGUAAGAGUAGGCAAUCAUGAUAACAGAAAAAGCCAAAUUAGAAAUUGAUCUGAUUUAAAGAUAAAGGGUACUAUAAAAAGUGAAAUAUCAUUACUAAACAUUUAUGUACCAAAUGAUGCAGCAUCUAGAUUUCUAAAGGAAAUAUUAAAGGAACUCAAGGAAGAAAUAGAUAGCAAGACCAUACUAGCAGGGGAUCUCAAACUUCCCCUUUCAGAAUUAGAUGAAUUGAACAGAAAAAUAAAUAAGAAAAAAGUAAGGAAAGUGAAUGAAAUGCUAGACAAAUUACAGUUAAUAGAUAUCUGCAGAAAAUUGAAUAGGAAUAAAAAGGAAUAUACCUUCUUCUCAGCAGUAUAUGGUACAUAUAAAAAGAUCAACCAUGUACCAGGACAUAGAACUAUUGCUAACAAAUGCAGAAAAGCAGAAAUAAUAAAUACAACAUUUUCAGAUCAUAAUGCAAUAAAAACUAUACUAAACAAGGGUCCAUGGAUAGGCAAAUUUAAAAUUAAUUAGAAACUAAAUAAUAUAAUUCUUCAAACCUGGUGAGUCAAAAUAGAAAUCAUAGAAACAAUUACAGACUUCAUUAAAGAGGAUGACAAUGAAGAGACAUCCUAUCAAAACCUUUGAGAUUUAGCCAAAGCAGAACUCAGGGGAAAUUUUCUAUCUCUGAAUACCUAUAUCAACAAAAGAGAGAGGGAGGAGAUCAAUGAAUUGGGCUUGCAACUUAAAAAAUUAGAAAAAGGACAAAUUAAAAAUCCCCAGAUAAAAGCUAAAUUGGAUAUCCUAAAAAUUAAAGGAGAAGUUGAUCAAAUUGAAAGUAAAAGAACUACUGAAAUAAUAAAUAAGACUAGGAGCUGGUACUUUGAAAAAACAAAUAAAAUAGAUAAAAUACUUUAAAUCUAAUAAAAAGGAAGAAGAAAACCAAAUUAACAGUAUCAAAGAUGAAAAAGGUGAUCUCACCUCUAAUGAAGAGGAAAUUAAGGUAAUGAUUAAGAACUAUUUUGCCCAAUUACAUGGCAAUAAAUAUGACAAUCUAGGUGAUAUGGAUGAAUAUUUACAAAAAUAUAAAUUGCCUGGAUUAACAAAAGAGGGAAUAAAAUACUUAAUAAUCCCAUAUCAGAAAAAGAAUUGGAACAGGCCAUCAAGGAACUUCCUAAGAAAAAAUCCCCAGGGCAAGGUGAAUUCACUAGUGAAUUCUAUCAAACAUUUAAAGAACAAAUAAUCCCAAUAUGAUACAAAUUAUCUGAUAAAAUAAGCAAAGAAGGAGGAGUCUUAUCAAAUUUUUUUUGAUGACACAAAUAUGGUACUGAUUCCAAAACCAGUCAGACCAAAAACAGAGAAAGAAAACUACAGACCAAUCUCCUUAAUGAUCAUAAAUGCAAAAAUCUUUUAAAAAUAUUAGCAAAAAGACUACAGCAAGUUAUCACAAGGUUAUUCACUAUGACCAGGUUGGACUUAUACCAGGAAUUCAAGGAUUGUUUAAUAUUAGGAAAACCAUCCAAAUAAUUGACCAUGUCAAUGAUCAAACCAACAGAAAUCACAUGAUUAUCUCAAUAGAUGCAGAAAAAGCCUUUGACAAAAUACAACACUCAUUCCUUUUGAAAUUACUAGAAAGUAUAGGAAUAGAAGGGCCCUUCCUCAAAAUAAUACACAGUAUAUAUUUAAAACCAUCAGCGAGUAUCAUAUGAAACAUGGAUAAGUUUGAAUAAGAUCAGGAGUGAAGCAAGGAUCUCCAUUAUCAUUUCUAUUAUUUAACAUUGUUCUAGAAACACUAAAGAUAGCAAUUAAGAAGAAAAAAAUGAAGGGAUUAAAGUAGACAGUGAGGAGACUAAACUAUCUCUCUAUGCAGAUGAUAUGAUGUUAUACUUUAAAAAUCCUAGAAAAUAAAAUAAAAGACUAAUGGAAAUAAUUAACAACUUUAGCAUAGUUUCAAGGUACAAGAUACACCCACAUAAAUCAUCAGCAUUUCUAUAGAUUUCCAACAAAGUUAAGCAGCAGGAGUUAGAAAGAGAAACUCACUUAAAAUCACUCAAGACAAUAUAAAAUAUUUAGGAGCCUAUCUGCCAAGACAAACACAGGAAUUAUAUGAUCACAACUACAAAACACUUUUCACACAAUUAAAACUGGUUCUAAAUAAUUGGAAAAACAUUAAUUGUUCAUUGGUAGGACAAGCUGAUAUAAUAGAAAUGACAAUUCUACCCAAAUUUAUCUACUCAUUCUGUGUCAUAAAUAUUAAACUACCAAAAAAACCCUUUUUUAUAGAAUGAAGAAAAAUUAUAGGUCAUAUAUAAAAAAUUACAUAGCUUAUUUGGAAGUAAUAUUAAGGGAAAUAAUGGGGGGGGGAGUGAAGGAUGGUGGCCUAGCAGUACCAGAUCUUAAAUUGUACUACAAAGCAGUGGUCAUCAAAACAAUAUGAUACUGGCUAAGAGACAGAAGGGUGGACCAAUGGAAUAGACUUGGGGUAAAUGACCUCAGAAGCUAGUGUUCAAUAAACCCAAAGAUCCCAGCUUUUUGGGCAAGAACUCAGUAUAUGAUAGAAACUUCUGGGAAUAUUGAAAAACAGUAUGGGGAAAAUUAGGUUUAGAUCAACAUCUUAACACCCUAUACCAAGAUAAAUUCAAAAUGGGUAUAUGACUUAAAUUUAAAGAGUGCAAUCAUAAAUAAAUUAGGUGAACAUAGAAUAGUAUACCUGUCAGAUCUGUGGGAAAGAAAGAAAUUUAAGAUCAAGCAAGGGAUAGAGAGCAUUAGAAAAUGUAAAAGGAAUGGCUUUAAUUAUAUCAAAUUUAAAAGAGUUUGUGCAAACAAAACCAAUGAAACAAAAUUAGAAGAAAAGCAAUAAAUUGGGAGAACAUUUUAUAUCAAAACUCUCUGACCAAGUUUUAAUUUCCCAAAUAUAUAAGGAACUAAGUCUGAUUUACAAAAAAUCAAAUCAUUCCCCAACUGACAAUGGGCAGGGGACAUGAAUAGGCAGUUUUCACAGGAUGAAGUCAAAACCAUCAAUAAUCACAUGAAAAAGCCUUCUAAAUCCCUCCUGAUCAGAGAAAUCCAAAUUAAAGCAACACUGAGGUACCACCUUACACCUAUAAGACUGGCCAAUAUGACAGCAAAGGAAAGUAAUGAAUAUUGGAGAGGAUGUGGCAAAAUUGGGAAGCUAAUACACUAGUGGUAGAGUUGUGAAUUGGUCCAACCAUUCUGCAGGGCCAUUUGGAAUUAUGGCCAAAAGACGUUAAAGGAUUUUUGCCUGCCCUUUGAUCCAGCCUUACCACUCCUUGGUUUGUAUCUCAAAGAGAUAAUAAGGAAAGACUUGUACAAAAAAAUGUAUAGCCUCGCUCUUUGUGGAGGUGGAAAAAAAAUAGAAACUGAUGAGGUAUCCAUCAAUUGGGGGAUGGCUAAACAAAAUGUGGUAUCUGAUGGUGAUGGAAUGCUAUUGUGCUGAAAGGAAUGAUGAACUGGAGGAAUUCCAUGUGAAUUGGAACAACCUCCAGGAAGUGAUGCAGAGUGAGAGGAGCAGAACCAGGAAAACAUUGUACACAGAGACUGAUACACUGUGGAACAAUCAAAUGUGAUAGGCUUUGCCACGAGCAGCUAUGCAAGGACCCAGGUCAAUUCUGAGGGACUUCUGAGAAACAACACUAUCCACAUCCAGAGAAAGAACUGGGAGCACAAAUGCAGAAGAAAAAAAUUAUGAUUGAUCAUGUAGUUCAAUGAGGAUAUGAUUGAGAAUUUGAUGUUAAAAGAUCUCUACUGCAAAUAUGAAUAACGUAGAAAUAGGUUUUGAACAAUGAUGCACGUGUCACCCAGUGGAACUGCUUGUCAGCUCUGGGAGGGGGGAGGAAAGGAGGGUGGGUGGGAUGUACGUCAUGAAGCAUGUAACCAUGGAAAAAUAUUCUAAAUGUUUUAAAGUAGCAUCACUACAUGCAAAGUAACAAUUUCAUGAUUUUCCAAAUGGUAUUAGUUGAAAUUCAGUCCUCAUUUUAAAAGUGAACUUGUACAUUUUUCUACUUUGAUUGGAAUACAUCUUAGUUCUCAAACUGCAGUACUACAAAGUUUUACAACAGGGCCUGUCAGAAGGAUUGGUGAGAUCCUACGACGCAGUGUAAGUAGGAAAUCCCAAAGAACCUUGCAAAUAUGAAUUUCUCAAGAGGAUUUUGCUACACUUUUAUCUGCAUCAAGUCACUAUCACUACUUACUGAUUUGAAAUAAAACAUAUCUAAUGAACUAUUUAACAAUAUUCGAAUAUUUGGCCCCAUUCCUCCCAGAGUUCUUAUAACAACAUACAGAUAAAAAGGGAAGUCGCACUCUUCAAAAGGCACCUCUUCUGCAAUGGCUUCUCAAAUUUCAUAAUAUGAGAUGGAUUUUAGUAAUAGUAGGUGAUAUUAAGUCAGUCAAAUACAGAGUGUAUUUUUUAAUACUUAGUCACAUCUUAGUAGUUGUUUUUACAUGUAGUUUACCACAUAACCAGGCUACAUGCUUGACUAACUGAUGAAGCUUUUUAAAGGCACUAUUUAAAUGGAAGAGAAUUUUGUCCAAAUGAAUUCAUGUAAGAUCUGAAUAUUAUAGUUUUCAUCCUCUGCAUAAGCCAGGCAUUGUGUUAAGUACUUCACAAUUAUGUGCUUCUCCCAACAACCCUGGGAGAUUGGUGUAGAUGUAUCAUUUCACUGUAAAUGAGACCACUUUAUAUUUUAGUCUUAGCAUAAAAUUUCAACCAAAUCAAUUCUUGAUUUAUAAUUACUAAUGACAGUAAUAAAAUCUCAUUUUUUCUCAA